AUGGACUCUUAUGCACUUGAUAAAUUGAUUCCUCAAAUGUUUGAUGAAAUGAGAUAUAAUUUGGGAAAUAAAGGAACACUGAAAAAGCCAGCUGCAGAUAAAAGCUCAUCAUCAAUAAUUACUACACAGUCACUACUGAAAGAGCUUGCAGCUCUCGACAAGAUAAUACCAAUGAUAGAAUCAGUGGACAGCUCUUUACAGACUGCUUUGCCUUCUCAUUUCGAUAAAAUACAAGAAAUAUGUAAAUCUACAAAUACAGUAUUGGACUCAUGGAUAAACAUACAUUCUCAAGCAGGUCACAUACACGAACUAAUGGGAUCAACCGAAUACUUAAAAUAUGCUAGUGCUCAAUCUAAAGAUGGACAAACGGUCAAUGCGAAAGAACUAAUUCAAGCGGAAGAAGAAGAAAUUGAGUCUCUGAAACAAGAAAUUGUGAGGGAGAAGGAUAAACAGUACAAUGCCAAUAACGAAAUAGUUAGCCAUUCAAAAUCCAGUAUACCGAAUAGUGGAAGAGUCGACAAAAAUAGAAAAAAGCCAGGCAGUGCAUUUUCAAGAUAUAAUAAAUCACAGGGCACACCUAGAAUUAAUUCGAGAUUAACAAGGCCUACUGUAAGCAGUUCACGUAAAAUGUUUCGUUAG